CUCGGCAUUGAUUGGAGCUAUUUUUGUUCCAUGAAUAGAGCAAAUGAUUGUGGCAAAAGUGGAUAUUUUGAUAUUGUGUAGUGUUUGAAUGUUUGUCCAAGAAAUCGAUCGAAAUUCAGCAAAUUUCCUCUAAACUAUAUUGACGCGGUUGUGUUAUGUUCCAAAGUGAAUCGUAAAAAUAGAAAACAUAUUAUUAUUUUGCGUAUAGACCAAUACGCGUCAAUCGAAAAACUCCCAUUUUGAAAAUCUCCGACAAUAUUCGAAACGAGCACGUACGUUGGGGUUGACAAACAUGAAGUUUCAGUCGGUUAUUUAUUUGGCGAUGGUUGUGAUUGUGAUGAGUGCAGCUGUUGUGGCAACAUUUGAGGAGGAUGCUUUAUCCCUGGAACGUGCCAGUUUUGAUACAAUGGAGUCAAUUGAAAUGCCAUCCGAACGUGGAUUAAUCAGUAAAAUGAUUGAAAGAGGAAAAUUGCUUUUGAAAUCAUUGCCGAGAACGCUCAAAAUGGCUGGUGGUCGUGUAUUCGAUUUGGUACCAAAACCCGAAACGAUAUUCAAUGUUGGGAAGCAAGCUUUAAUUGGUCUACCACAAGAAGCGAUUGCGUAUGCAGUGAAUUCAGUAUGCAGUACAGCCAUUCACAUGAAUGUUAUCAAGCCAUCCAUUACGCCAAGUGUUCACUUGAUGAAUUUCCAAUUUCUCACGCCUCAUGGAGAUACAUUUCGCAUUCCACUGCUUGAGCCGCAUAAACUAUGGGAUAAUCCAAAGUUCAAUCGGAAAUGGAAUACAACGCUUAUCGUGACUGGAUGGAAUACAAACGUUAAUUCAACCAAUGAAGCAGUUGACACAUUAUUUCGGGCAUACAAACAACGAAAAAUCAAUUUUAUCGUUUUUGAUACAUCAAAUUUCAUCGACUCAUUAUAUUCAUGGUCGGCAUUCAAUACGGAGGGUGUUGGAAAAAUUGUUGGCGGAGCCGUGGCCGAGAUGACUAAUAACGCCGUUGAUCUGGAAGGAAUUCAUUUAAUCGGACACUCAUUGGGCGCUCAUAUUGUUGGUGUGGCUGGUCGACAGUUUACAAAUCUCACCAAUAAAUUAAUUCCUCGAAUAACUGGCCUGGACCCGGCUCGUCCAUGUUUCAAUGAAGGUGAACGUUUAAAUGGUCUGCAGCGAGGUGAUGCACGCUUCGUCGAUAUUAUACAUACGAAUGCUGGCAUUUUAGGAGUUAAAGAGUCCAGAGGUGACGUCGACUUUUUUCCAAACGGGCAAUAUUCAUUGCAGCCCGGGUGUUGGACCAUAAUGUGCGCACACAGCAGGGCAUACGACUAUUUCGCCGAAUCAGUGUAUAAACAGAAUGGGAACAAUUUUAUCGCAACACAGUGUAAUUCAUUAUCGGCACUGCGAAAAGGAAAAUGCAAUAUAAAACGCAUUCCAAUGGGAAUUGAUACGCCAACAACAGCAUACGGCAAUUACUAUUUGGAAACAAACAAAAAACCACCAUACGGUCGGGGAUUUCAAAAGUAUGCAAACGUUCAACAGUUGGCUGAAACAAUUCAAGAACUCAACCGAUUAAAGCAGGAUUAUAGCAUAUUUAAAUUAAAUUUCAAGAUCACAUCAAUGACAUUAAAUUUGCUUGCCGUUACGACGAAUUCACCAACCACAAAUCCCGUCGUUACAUUUCAUUGCAAUUUAUGUAAUGAAGUUAUUGCGUGCGUUCCAUCGCAAAAUGUGAAGUAUAUUGCGUCACCGUUUGUUUCGUUUCCAGACGGUUACACCAUUCAUGUAAAAGUAAAUGAACGAAGUCAGGUAUCGUAUUCGUUGGAAUCGAUUACUGACAAACAGGGCACAUUUUUAAGAUGUACACGUUGUGCAUCGUCACUGUGCAAUAAAAAUGACUGGCUAUACACAAUGGGACGAGAUCCAUUUACGUUUGAGGUGCUGGUCUUCUCAAAUCAAAAAGUUAAAAUGGAACUGCAUACAUCCGAUACGAACCAGCCAAAUCGAGCAGGCUAUAUGGCAUGUGGAAUACAAAGUGAUAACGAAAGUUUCAUGGACACAACAAAUGGAGCGCAGAAUCCAAACGAUCUUACGAAAGCAUUUCAAGAUAUUGGUAAAGGUAUUUUUAAAAGAGUUUCACAUAUUGUCCCAAAACCAAAGGACUUCUUCGAAAGUAUUAAAAACAUCAUAGCUGGCUAUCCGCUUGAGCAAGUUUUGGAAUUCAUCAGCCAUAUGUGCUCAAUAGCAAUGUCAUCGGGUGAUCUGACACCUCGCGUUAUGCCUGACAUUGCAAAUAUUAGCUAUGUCCUCAGGACCAAAGAUAAAAAUAUUUCGGUGCCGUUAAGUGAGCCAAAUCAAUUGUGGUCGCUCGAGGAAUUCAAUCCGGAAUUGCCCUUGGUUUUGAUGAUUACAGGAUGGAAGUCGCAUGUAAAUGUCACUGAAAAAACCGCAGCUGACGUAGUAUAUGAAGCCUAUCGAUGCCGAGGAAAUGUUAAUUUUGUGACUGUUGACACAGCCGAUUUUGUUGAUACACUGUACACAUGGUCUGCAUUUAAUACGGAAAAAUUAGGAGAUAUUGUUGCUGAUUCGUUGAUCAAUCUAGUAGAAUGGUAUCCCAUUCAAAACAUCACAUUAAUCGGUCACUCAUUGGGCGCUCACAUUUGUGGUUCGGCUGGACGAAAUUUAAACUUCAAAACUAAUCAAAUAUUGCCGAAGAUCAUUGGAUUAGACCCAGCGAAUCCUUGUUUCAAUUCGGGCCAAACUUUAACUGGGUUAUCUCGAGGCGACGCGGAAUUCGUUAUGGCUAUACACUCAAAUCCAGGGGUAUUCGGUAGAAAAGAUCCAUUAGGUGACGUUGACUGGUUUCCAAAUGGCGUAGUUCCUUUGCCACCUGGCUGCUUUUCAAUCACUUGUGCACACUCACGGGCGAGUGAUUAUUAUGCUGAGUCAGUUAUUCCCGGAAACGAAUACAAUUUCAUGGGUGUGAAAUGCAAUUCGUUGUCUGCACUGGAGUCUAAUCUUUGCAAAGGGAAGGAGUAUCCAAUGGGCUAUUUGACCCCGAGCAAUUUGAAAGGAAACUACUUUUUGAAAACCAACGACAAAAGCCCAUACGGAAAAAACGCGAAAAAAGAUGUCAGACCAACUUGUGAUGGAUCUCCGCUCAGUUAUGAUGAAUAUGUUUUGGAUUAUAACGAUGAGGCUUUAGAAUAUAACGACGAUGAAGAUGAGAGUUGGUUAAACUUUGAAGAUAGUGAAGAUACAAAUGUUUAGAUUUAUGUAUUUAUUUCUAUA